AUGAACUUCUGGAGCUGGAUUGAAGCAUGGCGAGUCGCAUUUGAGGAUGAGUGAAUAAAGAAAACAUGUGUUGUAUGUAAGAGUUUGAUCUUGGAUUGUGGCCAUGCUUUUAUAUUAUAUUUGAUAUUUUUUACAUCCAGCUUUUUUGUGCAAUAUCUUUCAUCAUUUAUUAAUCUACGACAACAGCAAAGAAGAUACCCAUAUUCUAAGAAGGAAGAACGGUCAAAUUGCAAUCAUGCUCGAAUAUUUCACCUACAAAAAGGUCAAGAAACACCAAGCUGAGAAAAAGGGAAACGCUUCCAAUUCCAGCACUCCUCUUGCAUCUCCAGUUCCAGUUUCCCCAGCAGCUUCUUCACGUCCGCGCCCUCUAAAUACAGUCAGAAGUCCAUCUGCGGAAUUGAGAAAAGAGGGCGCAAGUCCAAUUCUCAACGAGGAAGAUGAGUAUUUCUUACAUAGGUUUAUAAGUGCAGAGGAGACUCCACCUCCACUUCCGCAGAGAAGACCUACGUUACCGGUCAGACCUAGUGAGAGGGCUAUUGAGGGAAGAAGAAUGGGAGACGAGGCUGGGGAGUGGAGGGAUAAUGAGUUGCAGAUGAUUUUAAGGGAGGAUGGUGAGGGAGAGACUAUUGAAAAGGAUAAGGAGAAUAAAGUGCGGGGCAAAGGAAAGGGAAAGAUGCGUAAGGAGGAAGAGAAAGUUGAUGACAAUACUGAAAAAGCGGCGAACAAAUGGAAAAAGUUGAGUUUCUUGCAUAAAGGCAAAAAGGUAUGUUGUGUGAAACUUCAACUUUCUGAUCAAAUAGGCCCUAACAUCUUCUUUCCAGGAAAAGGAUGCCAAAGAUAAAAACCCAGGUCUACAACCAGACCCUAACAUUUCCGACACAGAAGCCCAACGCGAACAAGACGAUCUCACCAAAGUCCUCGACGAUCUCUCCCUAACUGCCUCCAACAACCGGGCCUUUUCCCUCUCCCCCGACUCCACCGUCCUCGUCCAAAAAUUCACCCUCAUCCUCAAAGAUCUUAUAAACGGUGUACCAACCGCCUACGAUGACCUCGUCCACCUACUAGAAGAUUCCCAAGGAACCCUCUCCAAAUCCUACGAUUCCCUGCCUUCCUUCCUCCAAAAACUCAUCACCCAACUCCCCCAAAAAGUAACAACAACUCUCGCUCCCGAACUCCUAGCCGUAGCUACAGAAGCCCAAGCGCACAGUGUCGCGAACGCUGCAUCUGCCGCGCAAGCUGGUGGAAUGGGCGCUGCGGCCAAAGCAUUCCUUACACCUUCUUCCCUCAAAGAUUUAGUUACCAAACCGGGUGCUGUGGUUAGUAUGUUGAAAGCGAUUGUGAAUGCGUUGAAAUUGCGCUGGCCGGCUUUUAUGGGGACGAAUGUUUUGCUUAGUUUGGCGCUUUUUGUGCUGUUGUUUGUUUUUUGGUAUUGUUAUAAGAGGGGGAAGGAGGUUAGGCUGGCGAGGGACGGGAGGGUGCUUGCUGAGGGGGAGUUUCUUACGCCUGGAGAGGAGGGAGGUAGAGAUUUAGGGGUGAUUCGACAGGGAUCGAGACGGGAGGGUGGUGGUGGUAGUGGUGAUGGUGAUGGGGGUGGGGAUGGCUAUAAAGCGAGGAGAGAUGCGCGACAGAGAGAAAAGGAAAUUAGGAGGGAAGAGGAAAUGAGUAGAAGUCGAAGGAGCGAGAAGGGGAGGAAAUAAGUAAGAUUCUUACUUCAAUUGAUGGGACAAUGUAAUGAUGGAUGGUUAUGAUGAUACGAUAUGAUGGAUAUGAUGGAUACCCCUAAUAUGAUGGAAUAUGAAGCCUGAUUUAUUUCAUUUUUACUUGUAUUGGGUAAUUGGUUUUGGUUCUCGCGCAUGAUACACACGAUACAGUGGAAUACGAAUAAUUAUUUAGUUUGCCAAAGUAUGCAGGCAAUACAACAC